AUGGAGUGCGAUGGCAGUACAGCCACCGGAAGGGCUGAGGACAACCUUGCGGCUCCCCAAGAGCCUGAUGCCAGGGGAGAAGCGGCGACACCCCCGGAAGCGUUGGCAGCAGGCCUGUCAGUUCAGCAGGCAGGAACAAAAAGAAGCGAGCUGAGCCCCGAGGCACUGCGGGAAGUGAAGGAGGACCGGUUCCUGCAAGCGACACUGCGAGUGCGAGUAAACGACGGCUUUUUUCCCAAUUGUGUGUUCCUACCCAAGACAAUGGAGGAGUGCCGCAGGGAGGGGCAACCCCCUAGGAUGCGAAUCGAGCUGGUGCAAGAGAUCCUCAUCGAGAUGACUCAGAUCCUUUGGGCAAACAAGUCGGGCAACCUGUUCAGAGCGGCUGCUGAGGCCUUCCACAAGAUAUCGGACGACACUUACACCAAGUACCUGCCCACUGAGACAAGGGCAGAAAGUGCUGCUGCAGUCCAAGAGCAGCUGGUGAACUACACUGUGCUCCUGCUGACCUGUUUGGAGCUCUUCGAGCUGGAAGACACGCCGCCGACUGCUGCAAUGGCCGUCCAUUUCAGAGAGUUCCUAGAGGGCGUAUUCCCCACUGCCUUUAUGCUCAAAUUGAUCGCAGCUCUGCAGGAGUCACCUGGGAGCGGGGAGGGGGGGCCCUUGGAGGCUGCCUUUGGACCAGCAGUAGACGGACUCUUCGCAGCACUUACCGAGAGGGGGGUGGGCGGCUACAAGUCACCGGCUGUUGGCGCCAUCCGCCUCCUCUCUUCCUUCAAGCCGAUCGCCUCGGUGAUUACGCGCCGUAGUUGUUUCUUGCCGCCUUUCGCCCCGCCGCUUCCAACUGCGCAGCCAGGCUUCUUUCUCCAAGAAGAAUCCCUUCUAGGACGUCUUCUCUCCUUCACCCCUCUAGAUGGGCCAGUCCUCCCCAAAGGACAGCAGAGCACCGUACAGCGAAUCUUUGCUGGGGGUCAAGCUCUGGCACCCACCUACUUGCAGAAUGCAAUUCAGGGAAUGCGGCUUGACCUUCAAAACAUCACAGAUAUCGAUAAUCAGAUCCUCAAGAACAUAUGCCGGGCGGGAAAGGCGGAGAGGCACCGCGUGCUGCAGUGGUUCGCUGCAGUGUUGGCUUCAAAUGAGGCCAGGGCGAAGGCAGCGCAUGCGCAUCUCAUGAUGCAGCAGCACACUCCGGAGUCGGCAGAUCCUCUCCACGCCUUCCUCCUAAAGGCUCAGGGGCAAAAUUCGUUCGGCUUCUUGGUCAACGUCUUUCAUGUGCUUCUGCUGUUGGUGGAUCCUAUCAAGACAGAGAGGAUCUUCGAGGUUUCCCCUUUCUACGCAACCUGCGGGAGUGCCGAGGAUAGCGCGCGUCUGCUGGUGUCGGGGCCGCUACGGCGAGAAGCUCUGUUGGGAGAGGACGAGACAGUCGCGUUUGCCAGAAAGUUUUAUGCGCAAAUCGCUGCUCAAGAUGCGGAUGCCAAAUUCACCACCGAAGUAUUUUGGCUCGCGAUUCGUGCCGUCCGACUCUGCUUCAAUUCUUGCGUCGCUGAGUACAUGCGGUGGAUGGAGCACUUCCAGCAGCGCCAUGACGGCGGAAUGCAACAAAACUCUCCCGAAUACAGGAGCAUCAUCGCUGAACUCCUGGGGUGGCGUGCGCUUCUGCUUCACCCCCGUUUCUGCAGCCUCUACUGGCACUUUGCGCAUUUGUUUUGUUCUUGGCUUCUGGGGUGUAUGUACACCUACACGGCGGACGGCAAGGAGGAUUCCAAAGCAACGGGGCUGUUGAAUGCUCAAAAGUGGCGUGCUGCUGCUCUUCUUACCCAGCUGCCUCCUGGCGGAGCGGCAUCGCCUGCAAAGCCUUCUCCCCAGUUCGCCUUGUUGCCCAGCGGCAUCGUUGACGACCUCAUGCUUUCCAUUCGGCACAUGGCAGAGCUUCAGGCUUUUUACUCAGGUCUCAGGGGAGGGCAGGGGGGUGAAGUUUCUCCUUGCAGCAGCAUGGAUGCAGAGCUUGUUGCAGCCACAUGCAUCGCGGUGAUGGGUUCGCCUGGUUUUUUCCGGAGCGUCCACACACGAUGCGACGGCGCCUGCCGGACGCUGCACCGCCUUUUCCUGCUUGACGAGUUUCGAUGCCGCUUGGAGGCUCUCCCUGUUGCCAAGAACUUCCUUCUGCCUGCUCUUGUGGAGGUGUUCAUCGACUCAGAGCGAGGCUCCUACUACGAUAGAAUCAACUUUCGAAUUCCCAUUGUUGACAUGCUGAGCCGUCUCCUAGCGCAUAACGAAUACACUGGCAAUAUGCGUCUCUUGGCAGAGGCCUAUCCGGAGAAGUUUUUGCACAUGGUGCAUCUGUUACUCAACGACAUUGCAACGCUUGUAGAUCAGGCCAUGGAGGCUCUCGUUGAGAUUCGGAAGCGCCAACUCGACGGCAGAGACAGGGAAGAAAGCGCUACACCCGGGCAGGGGUCGAAUGUUUCUGCUAAUGCUGACGCCACUGCUGGGGCUGCCUCCAGCCGUGCAUCUGCGGGAGGAAGCCGGGGAGCACCGAGUGCCUCGGGAGAGGAGUCAGAUGCAGACGAAAUGGCAGACUCCCUUGAGGGCCGCUCUACACUGGAGAGGGAGCCCUGGAGACGUCUGCAGUCAACUGCUAGGGACCUUUGCUCACUUGGCCACAGUGCAUGCGCCCUCUUCACCCUGCUCUCGCGGCAUUGCGGCACCGUCAUCAGCGGUAGCAGCAGCAUCCUGCCACAGGCUGUCACGACACUGGAUUGCUGCCUGGAUCACCUUGUUGGUCCUAGGUGCCUUCAGCUAAAGGUAAACUCUAUGGAGACGUACAACUUUAGACCGAAGGAUUGGCUCUCCAAGGUCCUCGAGUCCUUUGUUUACCUCUUGCAGGCGGAUAAGACCAAUGGAGAUGCAAUCACCGGUGAAAUCCUUAGGGAUGGGCGAUAUUACAAACACGCCAACAUUGCCAAGGCGUGCCGCAUCGCGCGUCGUGAGGGGCUGAUGGCCCCCUCGUUGCUGAACGAGUUCUAUUUGCUGGUGAAGAGACUCGCGGAAGUCGAAGAGACGGGGAAAGGCCUGGACUUAGACGAGGUGCCGGCCGAGUAUCUGGAUCCCAUCAUGGCCGACUUGAUGCAAGAUCCCGUGUUGCUUCCCUCUAGCAAGGUCAUCAUGGACAGGCGCAACAUUGAGCGGCACCUCAUGUCAGAUCCUUCUGACCCCUUUAACAGGGCCCCAUUGACACGGGAGCAGUUGGUGCCUCAGCCUGAGCUGAAGAAGGAGAUUGAGGCCUUCCUAGAGUCGAAGAACGCGGCAGCCUUAGCCACCAAACCGGUUGGCCAGUAG